AUGACUUAAAAGGAAGAAACAGAUACUUAAGUACAAAUAUAAGAAUAAGAAGAAGAAAUAAAGAAAAAUAAGGAAGAUAAAUAUGUGAAGUAAGAGCCUGUCGUUAGAUUAGAUAGACUAUCCUAAAAGAAAAUGGACUUGAUAAAAUAAUACAAUGGCAAAAAUAUUAGAGAUCUGUAGGCAUAUGAAAGAGCCUUGUUGCUGUAUUCGAUCACUUCAUUUGGAGACAUCAGCUAAUAUGAGAAGAAAAUAAAGGAAAUAGUUAAGGACUUUACUUUGUAUCCUACUGAUUAUAGCUACAUUGAUACAAUUCUUUUAGGAACAUCAGUUGUGAAAAAAUUAAUUGAACAACCAAUCGAACUUAGAGGAUUAUUAAAAGCAAAAACAGAAAGCUGCAUAAAGUAAUGCCAAAUAUAAGAGUAUUUCUACGAUAAUGAAGAUAAGGAUAAAGUUAGAUUCCUUUCUUCAAAUCUAAUUCAUAUUACCUAUACAACGAUGCAAGCUGUUUUUAAGUAUCAUAGUCCAGAGUAUAAAAGAUAAAUAAUAUCUAACCCUCAAUCAUAUUUGGAUGAGCUUAAAUUCCUUGAAUCGUAUGAUGGUAAAGAUGGACUCAUUAAUUGUCAAAUAAUAGCAUCACUGACUAGUCUUUGUAUUUUAGCUCAUUCUGGGAAAUUGUAAUAAAGAAUUUUCAUAAGUAUCAAUGAUCUAUUUUCAAAGUAUGAAGGAGCCUCUUUUGAUUUAACAUCACAAAUUCUAAAUAUCUAAUCUUAAAUUACAGGCGGGAGAGCAGUAAAUUAUCUUGAAUUAAAAAAUCUAAAGAAUCUAGUUUCAGAAACUGAUUUUAGCUCUUCACCUCAUUAAGUUUUCUUGUUAAAACUGAUAUACUUAUUGGCAGGCUAAAAACGAUAUUAACAUAGGACUGCAGAAACUAAGUUUAUGCAUUAAGUAAUUGAUUCUUAUGUUAAUAAAAAAGUAAUCAAGCUGAACGCUUAGGUUCUUGAAGAUUUUGGAUUGGAAUAUAGGGACUCUAUUUUGGCCUAGUUGAUCGAAAUAUAGAGGGUAAUACUUUUUACAUUCUCUAAAAAUGAUUACAACUUCUAAACUGCAUGCAAAAUAUAUACAAACCUUGAGGAUUACACUAAAGGAUUCGAGAAUAUGCAUCCCACUGAUCUUGGAUAAUUGCUUCUAAAUCUAAUUGAGAUCAAGAAGCAGUCAGUUCUUAAUAUAAAAGUUAAGUUAAACUUAAAUUAGGAGAUAAGUUAUAUAACAGAACUAUGCGGACAAUGUGCUGAUAGAAUUCACUAUCCGAUCCUAGAUUAAAUUGUACAAGAACUAAGAUAAAUGGGCAUUGAAAGCGAAUAGCUCAUUAAAGUUCAUGAUGUUAGAUUGAAGACUAAUCAGCUUCCAUUGGAAUACAUUUGA